UGCCAGUUCUAGUCCCGGGUUUAUUAAGGAGAACAUCGUAUUCUGUCUGAGGCUCCGGCGUCGGGGCCAGGAGCAGUUCAGGAUCCUGCUGGGAAUAAUCCUCAUGCCAGCUUGUUUCUCCUCUUCUUCAAUGCUGAGAGAGGGGAUCUGGGGUAGCCCUAGCGGUAUAGGAAUCCUUCCAAAUCUCAUCCCACUCUGCCCCAUCAGGAGGCAAUUGGGGUUGACUUGUCCAGGGUCACAGAGCUAGUAAGUAUCUAAAAAUGGCAAAGUUUGCCAUGAACCAGAACCUGCCAGACCUGGGCGGCCCCUUUCUAUACAGGGACCAGGAUGGUGGGGCUCGAAGUCCAUACUCAGUGGAAACUCCUUAUGGCUUCCAGCUGGACCUGGAUUUCCUAAAGUAUGUGGAGGAUAUUGAAAGUGGGCAGGGUCUCCGUAGCAGAGCACCACUGCCCACCCGUCGACCCCGGGGACCCAGGCCUUCUGGCCCCCGAAGUCCCCGUAGCCCAGGACCCUGGACUUCUACGGAGUCUUUAGCCAGUGAGGAUGGACGGGGGUCAUCCCAGAGCCUGGGGGAGUCUGGGGGAGCCUUGUCCCUCGCCCCAGCACCUCCCCUUAGCCUCGGCAUCCUGCCACCACCAUCACCCCAAACAGUCUUAGGGAGAAACCCCAGAGUGGAGAAGACGCUGCUGGAGACGAGUCGGCGGCUGGCACAGGAACAGGAGCAGGUGCCUGUCGGUACCGGACUUGGUCCUGGGCUGGGCUGGAAGAGCCCGCUGAGCUCCGGUCGCAGCAGUCCCGCCCCAGCUGCCAGCCCGGCCCAACUGCAGCAUGUCCGGGAGCAGAUGGCGGCUGCACUGCGGCGACUUCGAGAGCUGGAGGGCCAGGUGAGAUCGCUUCCCGCUCUGCAGCAGCAGCUGCGCACCUUACGUGAGGAGAGGGCUCGUCUGAUCGGGGCGGGGCACCAGCUAGGCCCCGAACCCGAGCUCGAGCUCGAGCUGGACUCCGUGGCUCGGCCUGGGAAACUGGCUGAGUUACGCCGGCUGACCGAAAGACUGGCCACAUCAGAGAGGGGGACCAAGGCCCGAGCUCAGGCCCAGGGGGCUUCCUGCGAGACGGGCGUGGUAGCAGUACCUGAGACCCGGGAAGUGGGCACAUUAAUGGCGCUCGAGACGCAGGAGGUAGGUGUGUUGGCAGCAUCGGAGACCUGCGAGGCAGGCAUACUGGCAACACCCCAGACUUGUGAAGAGGGCACACUGGCAGUGCCUGACACCCACGAGGCAGCCAUAUGGGUGACAGAGGCGCUUCUGGGAGUGCCAGAUGCAGCCGAGCGGGAGCUGGAGAUGCUGAAGAACAGCCUGGAACACCAGCGUGGGGUGAGUGCCUUCCUGCAGGGGCGACUCCAGGAGCUCGAGGCCGUUCAGCUCCCGAAGGAAGAGGAGGCAGCAUCGCGGUCACGACGACAAGAGGCUGCCACGCAGACCCCUGGCCACACAGUGCAGGUGGCCGUGGCUGACAAGGGCAUGCAGGCUGAGCUGGGGCCCCUGGAGCUGAGCCCUGGAGACACUGCCCUCAGUGGGCAUGAGGCCCCAUGUCCAGUGCCAGCUCAGCACAGCAGGGCCACAGCCCAAGCUGGUACCCUCAGAUCCAUCAUGAAGAAGCGGGAUGGAGCAGCAGAGCCUGGCUCUGGCCCCAAGAGCUUGCAAUUUGUGGGCAUCCUCAAUGGAGAGUAUGAGAGCUCCUCAUCCAGUGAAGAGGAAGAGGCCAGUGAUGGUGACAGUGAUUCAGAGCCAGGGGACCCCGAGGGCUCCUCAGAUGACAGCUCUGGCUCUGCUGGCCAGUCCCCACCUCACUCCCCAGUGAGUGGUUCUGGUGUCCAGGGCCAGCCAGAGCCUGCACACGAUGCCCCUGGCAGCCGGGAGAAGUUUGAGCUGAGUCCCCGCCUGAAGGAAGCCUGUCUGGUGCUUCAGAAGCAGCUGAGCCAGCCCAGGGGCAGCCGAGACCGAGAAGGGACUGCCAGCACGUCACGCCUGGUGCAGCAGGAAUGGUUUCGUGUGUCCAGCCAGAAGCACUCCCGCCCUGGUCCUGUGGCAGCCCUCUUGGCAACUCUGAACGCACACUCGCCAGCCUUGCUGGCCCACGUGGUCAACCUGGCCGAUGGUAACGGCAACUCGGCCCUGCACUACAGUGUCUCCCAUUCCAAUUUUGACAUUGUACGCCUGCUGCUGGAUACUGGAGUAUGUGAGGUGGAUCAUCAGAAUAGAGCAGGGUACACAGCCCUCAUGCUGGCUGCUCUGGCCUCUGUGGAUGGAGAGGAUGACAUGGAUGUAAUUAGGAGGCUGUUCAGCUUAGGAAAUGUCAAUGCCAAAGCCAGCCAGGCAGGACAGACAGCCCUGAUGCUGGCAGUGAGCCAUGGUCGGCAGGAUAUGGUGGCUGCCCUGCUAGCCUGUGGGGCUGAUGUGAACCUGCAAGAUGAGGAAGGCUCCACAGCCCUGAUGUGUGCCAGUGAACAUGGGCGUGUGGAGAUGGUAAAGCUCCUCCUGGCCCAGCCAACAUGUGACCAGGAUGUCUUGGAUAAUGAAGGCACUAGUGCCCUGGCUAUAGCUCUGGAAGCCGGACAGGAAGAAGUCGCUGCCCUGCUGCACGCACACUUAAGUUCAGCUAAACCAGGGCCUUUGACACCACCAGCUUCUCCUGAUUCUGAAAGCAGCGAUACUGAUGACAAGUGUUGUGAGAGCAAGCAGGAUGUUGGGCCUAUGUGAUUGGCCACAUCACGUCCCUGGUCCCAUCUCAGCUAAAUAAGAGUUUGAUGCUCUGUUCUCUUUCCACUAACCCACUUGAUAGUAAAUAGCCUGGACCUGUAUAGGCUCCCAGUUAGUGUUCCACAAAGCACCUUAUAGUGAAAAGCCUUUUUAAACCAGUGGGAGCAAGCACAAGUGAAUCCCAAGGUUCUCAGGAAUUAGAGACCUGACUGGAAAAUGGAAAUGAAGUAGCUCAGGGAAGGGUGAAUGUCACCCAGGAAUAACUUUGCAUUCCCCAGUUCCAGGCUUGUGACUGGCCAACAGAUUUACAUGAAGAAUCUCCAAAAAUUAUUCCUAGCACUUUCUUAUUCUGUGAACUGCGAGUUCUUAUUUUCCCCAAGCGUUCCAUCUAGCCACCAUGCCAUUUAAAAUGGUUUCUUAUUCUUGGUUCCUGUCAAUUAAAGCCCUCUAGCUACUACACUCAAGACUCAGAAAGGGAAAAGGAUGGUUUCAGUACAAAGCACACCAGUUUGGGCUCAGGUGACCUGUACUUGUGUCUUACUGCAAGGUCAGGCCUCAUUUCUGUAUAUAUUCCUCUAUAUAAGGUCUCUCCUGCUUUAGACCUUACAAAGGCAGAGCAGGUUAGCUCUAUGGUCCUCACCCCAGCCCAAGGGUCCUGAAUAGCCAGGCCUCAGUUCUGUCCUAUUCUGAGGUAGGAGGUCCCCAAUCCAAUCUGGGGAAACAGAAACUUUCCAAUAAAAUGCAAUUAACUGGUUA